AUGACGAGUCUACGGAGUGCCCUCAUCGCCGCCCUCAAGUCCCUUUUGAAGGGCAGGUCCUUCAUCCAGGCCAUCCUUGCCUUCUGGGUGAACCCCAACGACGAGUCAAAGCCGGGUAGGAACGCACAUAGUAACGCCGCAGCUGCGUCGUCUUCACACGCAUCCAAUGUACCACAACAAGAAAGCAACGAACACGCGCCACAAGAGGAUGUUGCGCCAUUAUCAAAAAAGACAACCGCCACGGUCACCGUAACAUCUUCUCACUCUUCGCCAUCCUCAUCGCCGGCUUCGCUGCCCACAUCACCCGCUUCACAAGCUACCAUAUCACCGCCCUCCUCACCUGAUCAGCAACCCCGUCUCUCUCUUAACAAGAGCGAGGGUACGACCAGCACCAAGACAUCAAUAGAGCAAUUUCUCCAAGAUGCCGAGAGGACGCUGCUGCAGCCCGUCCAGGGCCGCAACCUCAAGGAUUUUGCUACGGGCCUCCAGGCCCAGUUCCGUGAUGGCCUUUUGAACAACGCCGCCUGCAUGCUGCCGUCGUACAACCACCAGUUGCCCAAUGGCCGUGAAAAGGGACGCUAUCUGUCGCUCGAUGUCGGUGGUUCGACGCUGCGUGUGGCGCUGAUCGAGCUCCGGGGCAAGGCGUCGGAGGACGACGCGGUCGAGGGUGCCGAGACCAUGGUCAUCUUGAGCAAAGCAUCCUUCAAGAUUACGCCAGAACUGAAGAAGCUUGAGGGCAUGGCCUUUUUUGACUGGAUGGCUGUCCGUAUUCUUGAGACCAUCAACAAGGCCGAGACCAGCACUACCCGUGACAACAACACUGCCGACUACCCGCUGCCUAUGGGCCUCGCCUGGAGUUUCCCCAUCGAGCAAACGUCUCUUCGAGGUGGCUUUCUGCAGGGCAUGGGCAAGGGCUUCCGCGCUGCCGACCCGCUGCUGGGCCAGGACCUCGGCGACAUCAUCCAGACUGCCUGUCUCGCCCGUGGCCUGCAUGUCGAGCUGGCCACUAUUGUCAACGAUUCCACCGCCUGUCUCCUGUCCGAGGCAUACGUCCAUGCUGCCACCCGCUUUGGUCUUAUUUUAGGCACGGGUGUCAACAUCGCCGUCCACCUGCCCGUCCCGACUGUCGGUCGUGCCAAAUUCGGGGCCCGUCCUGCCGCAUGGUUCGAUGAGGCCAGUCAUGUCAUUAUCAACACCGAGCUCGGGAUGUUUGGCCACGGAAUCUUGCCUGUCACCCGCUGGGACGCCCUGCUCAACGCCGAUCACCCUAAACCCGAGUUCCAGCCCCUCGAGCACAUGGUCUCGGGCUACUACCUGGGCGAGGUGACCCGCUUCGCCCUUCUCGAGGCUGUCAACACCGCAGGUCUGUUCGGUGGUGUCGCACCGCCGUCACUCCUGACUCCCUAUGCCCUCGAUACCGAGACUCUGUCCGUGAUGGGAACGUACGUGCAAAUAUCCCGAACUCCUUGA